UGCAUUUCUAAAAAUGUCAACCAAGGUGCAUGAAUGGGUGCAUGUCUAUUUAAAAUGCAGUAACAUAAUAUACACCAAAUACACUUCACAGCCUUACAUUGGGGUUGAGAGGAGUUUGUUAAUGUUUGAUAUAUCACAAACAACUGAUACCCCCAAACUAGAUUGCUUUAACAAGAUGUUAAUGAUCUAAUACACCUGCUGCCAAUGGAUCAUAAUUGGAUCUGGUGAUGCAAAUCAAUGCUAACUUUUAAAAGAUCCAUGUGACCAUGUCAACCUAAACUAUUGAACUUGUAUUCAAUAUGUGGUCUUUUAGAUGCAUUGUUUUAUUUUAUCAACUAUGUGAUGUAUACUGUUCCCCAAUUAAACGUGCUUUACGUGUAUCUGACCAGAGUGAUAUUGGCCUAGAGCAACAAGAAACUAAAGGCCUACUUGGACAUGAGGCUGGAUCUCACUUCUUUUGGGAAUCAAAGGGUUAUCAUAAUAUACAUCAGAAUAUCCACAAUGGUGCGGAAAAAUCCAACUUUAAUCCUUCUGAUCUCAAAUCUACUUCGGUUUCAUCUGUGAGUGCAAAUUCCAAUCUUGAGGAGCCUCAUUUUAAUCCAUCACUUCACCACAGUUCCUCCUUCCCGGUCAAAUCAAGUGUUCCUUUCUCAAAAACAAGUUCUAAAACUAGUUUUGGUAGAUAUAUGAAAACAAGUUCUUCUCUCCCCUCUGAAAUAUCCCGCUCUAAACCAGAGAAACCUAGUGCUCCUAAUGAAACCAGUUCUAAACCUGAGAAUCCAAGUGUUCCCAUGCUACCUAUUUUGGCCCUCCCCUCAGAGAAAUACAGUUCUAAAUCUGAAAACCCCAGUGCUUCUUUAAAAAACAGUUCUUCCAUAACCCCCUCUGAGUCACCCGUGUCUAAACCUGAAAAGUCUAGUGCUCCUAUGGUUCUUAGUUUGUAUCUUCCCUUAGAGAAACCCAGUUCUAAACCCGAAAACUCCAAUGCUUCUGUAAAAACCUCCUCUUCCCUCCCCUCUGAGAAACCAGCUGAGAAGCCUAGUCCACCUAUGGAAUCCAUUUUUAAACCUGAAAAGCCCAGUGCUUCUAUGGAAACCAGUUCUGAACCUGAAAAGCUGAAUGGUGGCCCUUUGGAAAUUGGUUUUAAACCUGAAAAUAAUAGUGCUACGGUAGAAACUAGUUUUGAACCUAAAAAACCUGGUGCUCCUAUGAAAACCAGCUCUGAACCUGAAAUUACUACUACUCCAGUGGGAACCAGUUCUAAACCUGUAAAGCCUGGUGCCCCUUUGGAAACCAGUUCAAAACCUGAAAAUACUAGUGCUCCAGUGGGAACCAGAUCUAAACCUGGAAUAGUGAAUGGUGCCCCUUUGGAAACCACCUCUGAACCUGAACAGCCCAGUGUCCCAUUGGAAACCAGCUUUAAACCUGAAAAUACUAGUGCUCCAGUAGAAACCAGUUCUAAACCCGAGAAGCCUGGUGCUCCUAUGGAAACUACUUUUGAACCUGAACAGCCCAAUGCUCCUAUGGAAACCAGUUCUGAACCUGAAAAUACUACUGCUCCAGUGGGAACCAGUUCUAAACCUGAAAAGCCUGUUGCCCCUUUGGAAACCAGUUCUGAACCUAAAAAGCCUGAUGCCCCUUUGGAAACCAGUUCGAAACCUGAAAAUUCUAGUGCUCCAGUGGGAACCAGAUCUAAACCUGGAAUAGUGAAUGGUGCCCCUUUGGAAACCACCUCUGAACCUGAACAGCCCAAUGCUCCUGUGGAAACCAGCUCCGAACCUGAACAGCCCAGUGUCCCAUUGGAAACCAGCUUUAAACCUGAAAAUACUAGUGCUCCAGUGGGACCCAGGUCUAAACCUGAGAACCCUGGUGCUCCUAUGGAAACUACUUCUGAACCUGAACAGUCCAACGCUCCUAUGGAAACCAGUUCUGAACCUGAAAAUACUACUGCUCCAGUGGGAACCAGUUCUAAACCUGAAAAGCCUGUUGCCUCUUUGGAAACUAGUUCUGAGCCUAAAAAGCCUGUUGCCCCUUUUGAAACCAGUUCCAAACCUGAAAAUACUAAUGCUCCUAUGGUAAUUGUUUCUAUACCUGAGAAGCCCGGUGCUCCUAUGGAAACCAGUUCUGAACCUGAACAGCCCAAUUCCUCUUUGGAAACCAGUUCUAAACCUGAACAGCCCAAUGCUUCUAUGGAAACCAGUUCUAAACCUGAAAAGCCUAAUGCUCCUAUGGAAACCAGUUCUAAACCUGAAAAUACUAGUGCUUCAGUGGGAACCAGUUCUGAACCUGAACAACCCAAUGCUCCUUUGGAAACCAGCUCUGAACCUGAAAAUACUAGUGCUCCAGUGGGAACCAGUUCUAAACCCGAAAAGCCUGUUGCCCCUUUGGAAACCAGUUCUGAACCUGAAAAUACUAGUGCUCCAGUGGGAACCAGUUCUAAACCCGAAAAGCCUGUUGCCCCUUUGGAAACCAUUUCUGAACCUAAAAAGCCUGUUGCCCCUUUGGAAACCAGUUUUGAACCUGAAAAUACUAGUGCUCCAGUGGAAACCAGUUCUGAACCUGAAAAACCUACUGCCCCUUUGGAAACCAGUUCUAAACCUGAAAAUACUAGUGCUCCAGUGGGAACCAGUUCUAAACCUGAAAAACCUACUGCCCCUUUGGAAACCAGUUCUGAACCUGAAAAUACUAGUGCUCCAGUGGGAACCAGUUCUAAACCCGAAAAACCUAUUGCCCCUUUGAAAACCAGUUCUGAACCUGAACAGGCUGUUGCCCCUUUGAAAAACAGUUCUGAACCUGAACAGCGCAAUGCUCCUAUGGAAACCAGUUCUAAACCUGAAAAUACUAGUGCUUCUAUGGAAACCAGUUCUGAACCUGAACAGCCCAAUGCCUCUUUGGAAACCAGUUCUAAACCCGAAAAGCCUGUUGCCCCUUUGGAAACCAUUUCUGAACCUAAAAAGCCUGUUGCCCCUUUGGAAACCAGUUUUGAACCUGAAAAUACUAGUGUUCCUUUGGAAAUUGGUUCUAAACCUGAGAAACUCGGUGCUCCUAUGGAAACCAGUUCUGAACCUGAAAAGCCUAGUGCUCCAGUGGAAACCAGUUCUAAGCAUGAAAAGCCUGUUGGCCCUUUGGAAACCAGUUCUGAACCUGAAAAGCCUAGUGCUCCAGUGGAAACCAGUUCUAAGCAUGAAAAGCCUAAUUCUCCUAUGGAAACCAGUUCUGAACCUGAAAAGCCUAGUGCUCCAGUGGAAACCAGUUCUAAGCAUGAAAAGCCUAGUGCUCCAGUGGAAACCAGUUCUAAGCAUGAAAAGCCUGUUGGCCCUUUGGAAACCAGUUCUGAACCUAAAAAGCCUGUUGCCCCUUUGGAAACCAGUUCUGAACCUGAACAGCCUAGUGCUCCAUUGGGAACCAGUUCUAAACCUGAAAAGCCUAAUGCUUCUAUGGAAACCAGUUCUAAACCUGGAAAUACUAGUGCUCCAGUGAAAACCAGUUCUGAACCUGAAAAGCCUGUUGCCCCUUUGGAAACCAGUUCUAAACCUGAGAACCCUGUUGCCCCUUUGGAAACCCGUUCUAAACCUGGAAAUACUAGUGCUCCAGUGAAAACCAGUUCUAAACUUGAGAAGCCUGUUGCUCCUAUGGAAACCAGUUCAAAACCUAAAAAGCCUAGUGCUCCUGUGGAAAGCUUUUCAAACCCUAGAAAUACUAGUGCUCCUAUGGAAACCGGUUCUAAACAUGGAAGGCCCAGUGCUCCUUUGGAAACCAUUUCUGAACCUGAUAAGCCUAGUGCUCCAGUGGGAGCCAGUGCAAAACCUGAAAAUCCCAGUGUUCUCGUGGAAACCAGUUCCAAACCAGAGAAGCCUAGUUCUUCCUUUUAUUCUGAGAAGGUUAAGACUGGCUUUAAACCUAACACCUCUAGUGAUUCCCUGCAGCUUGUAAACCCUCCUUAUGAGAAACCCAAAUCUAAAUAUGAGAAAUCGAACUUUAGAUCAUCUGAAAAAUCUAGCUUGAAAUCUGGUUUAGAUGUUUCUCAAGGAAAGGUAAACUGGUUUCAACAGAAGUCUGGGUUUAAAUCAUCUAUCAAAUCUAGUAGUCGAUCUUCUGGUAUGUCCCCCGUCUCAAAGCCUGCUGUCUCCAGUGACAUGAAACGCUCUAACUGUACGUCUGUAAACAACAGCUCCAAGUUCAUUGCUCUCCUAACUGAAAAAUCUGUUUCUGAAUCCUCUGAGAGCUGGACUGAAAACAUGAACCAGACUUCUCAACUUUCCAAAACCUCAAGUUCUCUUCUAUCUGGCAAAGCUCUUUUUAGAUCAUCAGAGGUAUCCGGUUCUCACCCAUCUGAAGGAUCCAGAUCCCUUGAGUCAGAGAUGGAAGGUUCUCUUCUAUUAGAAGAAUCUGCUUCUCUUCUCUCUAAACUAGACGUGUCUGUUCCGGUGAAGGAAAGUUCUGCUUGUAGUUCUACAACAUCUAAGAAGUCUUCUGCUGCUCCUUCAGUGAAAGAUCCUUCAGCUCAUCAGUGCUCAUGACCGCUCUUUCAGCUUCCAAAACAUUGAUUUUUAUGCCACUGGUCAAAGAUUUUGUAUUUGUGCCAAUAAAAUGUGCUACGUUUUGACUAUUUGGAGUUUUCAGCUGACUAAUCGAUGGAAAUGGCAUUCUUCAUAACAGAAUGAAGUCCUAAUUUAUCCCGUGUUUGUUUUAAAGUCAAGUGUACUUAACCUAAUGAAAAUCUGUGUCCUGUUAUUUAAACGAAGCUUUAGUGUUUAUCUGCUGAGUAAAGAGUACAUGUUUAAUGUCCUUUCUCAAUGCAUUUCUUUAGAUGCGGUUUGCCUUUUACUCUAAAAGUACUUUAGCAAAGAUAUUGAAUUAAACCAGACCGAGCCCAACUUUUACUACAGUAUGGGUACGUCUCAAUCAGUGCUUAUACGUGAACAAGGUUUGAUUUAUUUAUGGUCAUUUAUAAAUCUCCACGUGCAAAUCACUUCAAGAAUUAAUACUCUGAAACAAAAUCACAAUUAAUCUUCAUUGUGUCUAGAACAGUGCUCAAGUCAGAUGAUCACUCGCUAAUGUGUUUGUUAUCUAUCAAAUUGAUCUACUUUUACGGAGUCAAUCACAAAGGUGGAGUGGAUUCAGAAGUAGUUUUGUCACGCACCUGCUGGUCUGCACCAAGGACACAUGAGAUGGAUGGACUCUGCCUUGUUUGACCAGAUGAUGGCCACAGCCGUAGAUUACGUUAACCAGAAGAGAUGGUAACCUUUGACCUAUGGCAUGUCCUAUAAGCUGCAGGCCAGAGGUUUAACAUCAUCAGCACACAUCAAGUUGUCUCUCGUGUGUUGCAUCAUUUUCUGUACAAUUUUACUACUUGGUUAACUUUUAUUCUAGUUGCAAUGCAGUUAUGUUAAUUAUCCAGAAGAAGAAUCUGACACAUUUUUUUUGUAUUUUGACUCGUGUUUGUGCUGGAUUUUCUUUGCAACAGUGCUUCAGUCUUCUGUCAAACUCAAUCAUUUCAUAAAUCUCUAGUUGGGUGGAUUGAAUAUCAAAACAUUAUGACUCGCUUAAUAAAAACAAUGUGAGUAGAGAGUA